GCUGAAUGAACGCUGACUCUUGAGCGAGGCUGCAUUCGCGAACUAAGCAUGACAUGAAAUCGCGGUGAUGUGUCUGUGGUACUUGAAGGCAGCAUAUAAUUCCGUUUCCAGAGCAGGCUAUUUCAACCUUAACGUUUGAGUUGGAUGCAAUGUCCUAUCUGAACCCCGGGGGAAGACAGCUCGAGCGUUUUGAUGGACUUUCGCUCAUUUACUGGACACUUAUGGGUCCGUAUGGAGUAGAUCGAGCAGUGCAUUCUAUGGAGUUUACAGACUGUGAGAAUGGAUUAGGAAUCAAAGUGAUCGGUGGUGUGAAAGAAUUAACAGGAGAGGAAUAUGGCGUUUAUGUCAAGAGGAUCUUACCUGGUGGCCUUGCUUCCAGUGAUGGAAACCUGCAGCCUGGAGACCAAAUAUUGGAGGUGAAUGGUGAAAGCUUGAUUGGUGUGACAAGUGAACGAGCGGUGGAUAUUCUUAGAUCAGCAUCCUCAACCAAUCACAUGCAGCUUCUCAUUGCCAGAGAUGAGGAAGCAAGUCGAGAAUUUGCAGAGCUCCUUGAAAAAUAUGGCUCAAACGGAAGCACGGGAUCCACCAGGAAUUCUCCUAUUCAGCAAACAGGCAGAUACUUGGACAGCACGUCAUCAGGGUCUUCGUCCAGAUCUCAGAGUCCUCUAUUGUUGAGUCCUGCUGGAUCUCAGAGUAAUUACAACAACACAGGACCAUUGCUACGCUCCCUAAGCCACCCAGGUGAAGGGGUGAUUCAGCUGAUAUCAAUCGCUCGCUCCUGCAGUCUGGGUAUUACCAUUGGAGGUGGCUCCAACAGAACUGAUGGCCCUGCAGUUUUCAUCCAGGAAGUGCUGUCUGGAGGAGACUGUCAUCGGGAUGGACGGCUCAGACCUGGAGAUCAGCUUAUCGCCAUUAACAAGGAGUCGUUGAUAGGAGUCACAUAUGAGGAGGCCAAAAGUGUACUCAAUAAAGUGAAAUUCAGUCAGGAACCAGUCGUGGAUAUUGCCUUCAUUCCUGGAAAAGGACCUUUUUCCAACAGCCUGUUGUUGCAUAAUGGGGUUCAGAGGGGGGUUGGGAAUGGAUACAACCCCAGCCGGUUAAAGGUUCAUGUCCGAUCUCCUGAGAUGCGACAAGAGGAAACCGUUCCAGUCCUUUCAUCCGCCCCAGAAAUCUGCCCUCCAGACAUACAGGUUUCAGCCUCCACCGUACAGAGACCAGCCACUGUUUCCAAACCCAAGAUCUCGUUGGACCCCCACAUACGGCUCAAAUCAGAGAAGCUUGAUCUGGCUCUGUCGUACCUGGGUCUGGAUUUAACAGAAGAGAAGAGACUGCAGCUCAGAGAGAGUCUCACUACAGACCCUCAGGGAACGGUCUCAUAUGGAGACUUUGUGGAAGCCACCCGCAGCGUGUAUCAAGAGAAGCUGGAGGAGGCGGGACUGGGACAGGGACCCUUUAUGUUCUCCUAUCAGGAAGCAGCUAGUUUGAUGGACACCUCUGCCUUUCAUUCCCCUACCUAUGAGUCAGAGUGCAGCUACAGCAGUGAGGAGCUGGAGGAGUUUCAGACGGAAGUCAAACAACUCCAGCUGCAAAUGAAACAACUCAAGGUGUUACUGAAAGACACAGAAGACAGUAAGAAGACUCUGGAGGAGGAACUGCAGAAGACAGCUGAGAUGAAACAGAAGGCCACAGCCACAGUGGAAGAGAAUAAGUGUCUGAAGAGUAAGCUGCAGGUCGCAGAGGCUGUUCAGAGACAGACUAACAGUGCCGAACAAGACUACGAGGAGGUCAUUCAGCUCCUGGAGGCUGAAAUCAAAGAUCUGAAGAGCCAGGUAGCCGGAAAGAAACAGAGAGGACUUGAGGCUACCAAGGAGGAUGUGAUGGAUCUGAAUAGAAAGUUCAACGUCAUUGACAGCCAGCUGAGAAGGUCUGAACUCACACGGAAACACCUGGAGAUUUCCAACAAGAAACUCCUUGGCUUUGCCCAGAAUGUCCACAAAGUUCUCACCAGCACCAGCUUAUUUGGGAUUGAAAAUGGCGCACGGGCGUCUCCAGCGAUUGACAGCCCCGACACACCUUCCCCGAUCCCCGACCCCGCCUGCCAGCUCGCAGCUGAGGCCAAAGAGCUUGUGGAUGGUGUCUGCUCACUUUGCACCGAGGAUCACACAUUACCGCAGUACGUAGAGGGAUGCGUUGUGAAGCCCGAAGAGGACUGUGAUUCAAACCUCGUUCACUGGCCACAACCUCCUGUCCUCGGCGGUCCUGCAGUAGAGCGGAGAGGUCAGUAGAGCUUCUGGGAUGGACAGACAAACCGGGCUCAUUCAGAACAUCAAGGCUGAACUGAAACUAUACUGUGGAAAAUAAGAGACUGUGAACAUCUACAGUGUGGUUUUCACUUCUUCAGUUCAUAGUUCGAGUGGUAUCAGAGGCCUGAGAUCUACUGAUCAAACUGAUACUCAUUUUUUUAAAGCAGUCCAUGUACUUAUUUAAUAUGUGUAGCAUUACUCAGUGUCAUAAUGUAAAGGCAGAAACCAACCAAGGGGAUUGAAAUCUGAAACACAAACAGCACAAUUAACAGCAGAGGCGACUUUGAGAUGCUCAAAUGCGAUUUCAAGUGUGUCAGCGUGUGCCGUGCAUCUCCCCAUUCAACCACUGUAAUGAAAACACAUGUGGCCGAGCAGCUGACCUCUCUUUUAGAGUUAGCUAUAUUAUACAGUACAUGUAUUACAUUUCAUUUAGGGAUUUUUGGGACAGUCCCCACUUUUCAUCAUUUGAUAUGAUGUUUAUUUGUAUGUGUUCUGAGAAGUGCUAUGACGUUUUGAAGAUUUUAUAUUUUCGGUCCGAAUCUUUUAUUAUGCAGACACACAUAGACAUGCUCGCUUUAAAGUACGUGGGCGCUCGUCGUCAUAAAGCUUGUAAAUCUUGCCGUCGAACCCUUUCGAUGUUCUCUUCAUGUAUUUGCCGAUCACGCCGGUCUGUGCUCGGAUGGAUUUGCGGUACAGGUCGAUCCAAUGGCACCCAGCAUCCACUGCACUACUAUCAGGUAUGGUCUGUUAAGUGCUUUAGGUGGAUCUUUUGUGGCUUGUUUCUGAGAUGGACAGUAACGUUGCUCCAUCUCAGUGUCCUCGUCACUAUACUGAUAGUUCUGAGGGGGAUUUUGGUUGUCAUGGCACUUGAAUCAAGUAAUGGGGGUCAUAUUGCAGCGUUCCACCCCGAAUGCAUCCAUUCAGCUGAACAAUGCACAUGGUUCAGGUUACUGUUUUCAUAAGCACACAGUAUGCGCCUGUUUUGUCUUGGUAUAUAGGAUCUACAGUCACUUAUAUCAAUGUGUAAUAAGCUGGUAUCAUUCAUUUCCUGAGGAUAGAGGUGUGCGGUUAUGCAGGGGGUUUGUUGAUGUUAAUAACAGCACAUGCUCUACAAAUGCUGACAUGUAGUCCUGUGAUUUAACUAGAUUGCAUCUUAUGUGUGGCCUAAAUAUCUUUCUUGUAAUGUUUUUAUUAAAGUCAGAACAAAUGUGU